AUGAUGGCAACAGACUCAGAGAAUCGGAAGGACCCAGUGUUACCCAAAUUGCCGAUCCCACCCUUGGAAGAUACGUGUGCUCGUUACAUCAAAGUUUUGGAGCCCCUUCAGACUCCAAAGGAGCAUGAAAAAACCAAAUCUGUCGUCCAACGUUUCUUGAAAACCGACGGUCCCUUGCUUCAUGCACGGUUGCAGGAAUAUGCUUCCACGAAAGCCAGCUUUAUCGAGGAGUUUUGGUACGAGAGUUACCUCCAACACAGCGAUUCAGUCGUCCUGAGUCUCAAUCCUUUCUUCAUACUCGAGGAUGAUCCAACUCCUUCUCGCGGCAACCAGUUAACUCGUGCGGCCUCUUUGAUAUUGGCGUCAGUGGGGUUUGUUCACGACCUACGGAGCGGUCAGCUUGAGCCUGACAAUGUCAGAGGAAAACCCCUGGACAUGUAUCAAUACUCGAAGCUGUUUGGCUCCGCAAGAAUCCCAACUCGGGAUGGCUGUCAAAUGAAAACAUUCGGAGAUAGCAAGCAUGUCGUAGUCAUGCGGAGAGGACAAUUCUACUCCUUUGACGUUAUGGACUCCGAGCAUCGCCCGGUCCUAUCUGAACGUGAAUUAUGGAACAACUUGUACUCGAUCAUCCAAGAUGCUGACAAGCUGCCGAUUAGCAAAGUUGCUCAAAGCUCGAUCGGCCUGUUGACAACGGAGCGGCGGCCGACAUGGGCCACACUUCGCCAAGAGCUGAUCGACGAUCCCCACAGUCCAAACAAGGACUGCCUCCAUUUGAUUGACAGUGCCCUUUUCAUAGUUUGCCUGGACGGCUCGAGCCCUCGGACAGCUGAUGCGAUUUGCGCAACGAUGCUCUGUGGGACCUAUGAGCUGGGUCGUCGAGGGGUUCAGGUCGGAACGUGCCUCAACCGGUGGUAUGAUAAACUUCAAAUCAUCGUCUGUGCCGACGGUCAAGCCGGCGUAAACUUCGAACACUCUGCAGUAGACGGCGCCACAGUUUUGCGUUUUGUAGGGGACAUUUACACUGAGCUCAUACUGCGCUUCGCCAAGUCAAUCAAUAAGAAUAGUUUGACAUUAUUCAAGAAUCAACCAUCCCCCUGGGCCCAACACGCCAGUAGUAAAAACUUACCAAACUUGCCCGAUCACGCUGCUGAUAUGCCUGAGGAGGAGAUCAAUACGAGUCCUCAGAAACUCGAAUGGCAGUUGUCUAACACCCUCAAGGCCUCUAUUCGCUUUGCUGAGACUAGGUUGUCUGACUUAAUCUGCCAAAACGAAGUUCUGGCGCUCGAGUUCGAGGAGUAUGGUAAAAACUUCAUCAUCUCUCAAAACCUCUCUCCAGAUGCGUUUGUGCAAAUGGCCUUUCAGGUGUGCUAUUUCUCGCUAUAUGGACGGAUCGAGUCGACAUACGAGCCAGCUAUGACAAAGGCGUUCUCACAUGGCCGAACCGAAGGGAUCCGAAGUGUGUCGCCCAGUUCGGUCAAAUUCAUCAAGAACUUUUGCUCGGACGUGGAUAACCAAACCAAGAUUUCCGCAUUACGAGAAGCUUGCGAAUAUCACCAAAACUUGAGCAAACAAUGUUCUCAAGGCUUAGGACAGGAUCGAAUUCUAUUCGCCAUGUACAGUCUAGCCCAACAGGAAUUGCAUCAAGAAUCCUCUGGCCAUUCUUCUGAUGACUCUAGUAACGACGAGGAAGAAGAUCGUCAUCCAAACAGAAAACUGAAAAAACUCCCUAAAAUCUUUCGCGACAGUGGAUACGGUUUACUUAAUCACUCCACCUUAAGCACCUCAAACUGUGGAAACCCCGCGCUGAGAUUAUUCGGAUUCGGACCGGUCGUCUCGGAUGGGUAUGGGAUAGGAUAUAUCAUUCGAGAAGAUGGAUUGUCGUUUGUGAUUUCCUCGAAACACCUUCAAACUCGACGGUUCGUGGAGAGCUUGCGGGCUUACUUCCUCGAGAUUAGAAGGAUUUUGCUCUCCGUGACUGAAUCUGCUAAUCCAAACGUGGACCCACCCCUGUCGAUUACCAAACGGAACCAACAUCGCCAUCAUCUCCCAGAUUCUGCUCGAAAAUUAAGCUAUAAUCAUCGUCACCAGCCUAAAGCCCUCGAUAGUUCGGAGUGGAAUACUUUCUGGAAUGAUAAAUUGGUGAAGGUUGAUCCCCCUCACCGAAAAGAUCAUUCCACCGGGUCAGAUGACGCUCGCCCCGAGAAAGAUCAAACCCAACACGACGAAGAGCCCUUGACUGCCGGUUACGGUUUCUUUGAUUCCGGUGAAAUUGAUAAGAUCAUUUCCUCUCAUGCUGAAAACGUCCGAAACGAUAAUUCGAAAAAGAAAUUCAAACCACCAAUAGGAACUAAAUUGGAAGCUGUUGAUGAUUGA